AUGCAGAGGGAGAAAGGAGACCGCUUUGUGCCCGGCGCGGUGCUCUCAGAUCCAAGCCCCCCGAACACUACCCAGUGUCGACUGUGUGCUGGGAUCUGCAAGCUUGUGGGAGGCAGCACACCUCGAGCCCCUCCGUGUACACCUGCUGGGGAGUGGGGUCGGGUACACGAAGUAGAUGCUGCGGAUACAGGCUCGAGAAUGUUCGUGGAGGGCUGUGCCGAGACAGGAAUGGACAAUCAGACUGUUUUGGCUGUGCAGUCAUUAUUGGAUGGCCAAGGAGCAGUCCCCGAUCCAACAGGCCAAAGUGUCAAUGCCCCCCCUGCCAUCCAGCCCUUGGAUGAUGAGGAUGUAUUUCUCUGCGGGAAGUGUAAAAAGCAGUUCAACUCACUGCCAGCGUUUAUGACCCACAAGCGGGAACAGUGUCAGGGGAAUGCCCCGGCCCUGGCCACAGUCUCCCUGGCUACCAACAGCAUCUACACACCCUCAGCAGCACCAGCCACGGUCCAGCAAGUCCCACCUCCUGCCAAUCGCCAGAUCUCCACAUAUAUCACAGUGCCCCCAUCCCCACUGAUCCAGACCCUGGUGCAAGGGAACAUCUUGGUGAGCGACGAUGUGCUCAUGUCCGCCAUGUCAGCCUUUACAUCCCUGGACCAGCCCAUGCCCCAGGGGCCCCCACCUGUGCAGAGCAGCCUGAACAUGCAUUCUGUGCCCAGCUACCUCACCCAGCCUCCACCUCCUCCUCCACCACCUCCGCCUCUACCCCCACCCCCACCCCCUCAGCCUCCACCUCCACCACCCCAGAACCUGGGCCCUCCUGGACGCCCUAACCCUGGAGGGAAUGGCGUGGUAGAAGUAUACAGUGCCACUACACCUCUGGCUGGGAGCGGAACAGUGGAGAUCCAGGCACUGGGGAUGCAGCCCUACCCCCCUCUGGAGGUGCCAAACCAGUGUGUGGAGGCCCCAGUGUACCCCACGCCUCCAGUGUACAGCCCUGGCAAGCAGGGGUUCAAACCAAAAGGACCAAGCCCUGUCGCCCCCAUGACCAGCACGACCGGGGGAACAGCGGCCACCUUCGACUCCCCACCCACGCUGAAGCCCCGACGGGCUAAAGGUGCCGGGAAGCCAAAGGCACAGAAGCUCAAAUGCUCCUAUUGUGACAAGUCUUUCACCAAGAACUUCGACCUGCAGCAGCACAUCCGAAGCCACACAGGCGAGAAGCCCUUCCAGUGCAUUGCGUGUGGCCGGGCCUUCGCACAGAAGUCCAAUGUCAAGAAGCACAUGCAGACCCACAAGGUGUGGCCCCCAGGGCGCAGUGGUGGCACCGUUUCUCGCAACUCUGUGACUGUACAGGUCAUGGCCUUGAACCCCAGCAGGCAAGAGGAGGAGGAAAAUGCAGGUUUGGGCCAGACCCUGUCCAGCACACCACAGCCCCAGACCUUGCCGCCAGCAGGUGAGGAUGAUGCUGACAAGCUGGAGCCCAAGCAGGUGGUCCUCAUCGAUAGCUCCUACCUGUGCCAGUUCUGCCCCAGCAAGUUCAGCACCUACUUCCAGCUCAAGUCCCACAUGACUCAGCACAAGAAUGAGCAGGUGUACAAGUGUGUGGUGAAGAGCUGUGCACAGACGUUCCCCAAGCUCGAUGCAUUUCUGGAACACAUCAAGAGCCACCAGGAGGAGCUGAGCUACCGCUGCCACCUUUGCAGCAAGGACUUCCCAUCGCUGUAUGAUCUGGGCGUGCACCAGUACUCACACAGCCUCCUCCCCCAGCACAGCCCCAAGAAAGACAGUGCCGUCUAUAAUCUGUGUGUGUUUCCUUGUGAACGCUACCUGCGGCGUCACCUCCCCACCCAUGGCAGCGGGGGCAGGUUCAAAUGCCAGGUGUGCAAGAAGUUCUUCCGGCGGGAACACUACCUCAAACUGCACGCUCACAUUCACUCAGGCGAGAAGCCUUACAAAUGCUCUGUGUGUGAGUCUGCGUUCAACCGCAAGGACAAGCUGAAGAGACACAUGCUGAUCCAUGAGCCCUUCAAGAAGUACAAAUGCCCCUUCUCGACUCACACAGGCUGCAGUAAGGAGUUCAACCGGCCAGACAAGCUGAAGGCACACAUCCUGUCACACUCAGGCAUGAAACUCCACAAAUGCCCGCUGUGCAGCAAGUCCUUCAGCCGCCGGGCCCACCUCGCCGAGCACCAGCGCGCCCACACCGGCAACUACAAGUUCCGCUGCGCCGGCUGUGCCAAGGGCUUUUCCCGCCACAAGUACCUCAAAGACCAUCGCUGCCGCCUGGGCCCCCCGAAGGACAAGGACCUGCAGAGCCGGCGACUCAAGGCGCGUUCGGCGCGUUGGACAUUGGGAGUUGUAGUCAGCGGCGCGUUGCCCUGA